AUGCGUCUUUCCCUUCUAUCUACGGUCUUUUGUGGCACAUUCUCUGUCGCUAGUCACAUCUAUGCAGCAUCAUAUUCCGGCACUGUGACUACGCUAUCGCCGCAGAGCAAGAAUGGAAGCUAUUCGCUGUCAAAGGUCGCCCAAACCAAUGACUGCGGUAUCAGUCCAUCUUGGCUGAUGCUUGAUGAUGAAGAAAACAUGAUGCUCUGUCUGAAUGAAGGAAUAGGGGCUGCGAAUGGCAGUCUUACUUCCUUCAGAGCCAAUUCCAAUGGGUCUCUGACCACGUUGGACAAGAUUGAAACUCUGACUGGCCCAGUCAUGUCGGCUGUCUACAAUAUCCCUAGCAAUCAUCAGCAACGGUUUGUUGCCGUUGCACACUACGAAGCGUCCGCUGUCACAGCCCACACAUGGAAUCCUUCAACUGGUCGCCUAGCCCAGACUCAGACCUUCACAUAUCAAAUUCCUGGUCCUGGACCAGUGCCCGACCGUCAAGAUGCUUCUCAUCCACAUGGAGCGAUCGUUGACCCGACUGGUCGCUUUGUCUUGGUUCCUGACCUGGGUAUGGACCGAAUCCACAUAUUCAAGAUCUCUCCAUCGAAUGGCCAUCUGCAGCCUCAGUCACCCUUGCUGGUAAAGCCUGGAUCAGGUCCCCGACAUGCUGUGUUCUGGACACCUAACACAGAAUCUGCAUCCGGCAAUGAUACUGUAUUAUAUCUUGUCUCGGAGCUAGGUAAUACGUUGAGUGCAUUCAAAACUCGAUACACUCAAAAGGGAUUGGCUUUUACAAAGUUCUUCGAGGAGAAUUCCUAUGGCGGAGAGGCUGCUCCCGAUGGCUCGAAGGUAUCUGGAAUUCAGAUCACGCCCGGAAAUGAUCAUAUUGUGGUAUCGAACCGUGGCGAUGCCACUUUUGGCAAGGGUAUUGACUCUUUUGCUGUGUUCAAAUGUGCCUCCUUCCACGAAAAUCGUGCCACGAACGUCUCAUUUGUCGGUUUAUUCCCUGCUUAUGGGUCUUUCCCGCGUGAAUUCGAUAUAAACAACGAUAACGGAAAGGUUGCUGUCGCCUUGCAAAAUAGUCAUGCAGUCGCCUUGACGGAAGGAAAUCCCCAGACUGGUGGACCAGGAAAACUGCUCGCCAAGAAAACCUUGGAUGGAGAGAUUCCUAUCGCAAUCUGGGGUCCCUGA